AUGUCCGAUCACAUUUCACAAAAAUGUAAGAGCAUACCUAUAACAAACUUACCCACGAAAAUCUGCAAUGUCGAACCAGUACCUGAGCCACCUCCACCAAACCCUUGCACCUUGCAACGAAUAAAACAAAAGGAAAAAGCUGGUAUCAAAAUAUGUCCAAGGAUUCCUGUAGAACAACCGCCACCACCAGCCCCCUGCGUUGCAAUUUGUAUCGAAAAAAUAAAGAAUCCACCCGUACCUCCAAGUGCAAAUGAACCUAUAGUAUGUGUCGUGCAACCGGAGAAAACGACCACAGAGAGAUGCGAUGCUAUUUUGGAUGCAGUUGCUGCACACCCUGAUCUACCCUGGCCUGGUUGUGCGCCCAACCCUUUACCUCCACCUCCACCAAAAUACGACCCUUGCGAAGAACAGCUGAGGAAACAGAAAAUCGAAGAGUGCAAAAAACGAAAGCAACGGUACUUAGAGUGACCAUGGAUAGAAUACUGAAAACCGUUAUCAACAACAAAAUAGAUUCUAUGAUAGAGAAAGUCAGAGAUAAAUUUUGUCAAGAAUUUGGCGAGUGUGCUAAUACAAGAACGUUAAGUGUGGAAUCCACUGUUGAACAACAGAUUGAAUCUUCAAAAAACUUCGAUAAGCAUCUAAACGAAUUGGAAACUUUGAUAAAGCAGUUAAAAGAUGACAUAGAAGUUUUAUCAAAGAAUGCAGAUAAACAAAGUACUAAAGAGAUUACAACCAAAGAAGAGAAAAAUCGGAAAAAUAGAGAAAGUGUUAACGACGAAGGCUAUAGGACGACUGGGUGUCCCAAAAUAAGCCUGAUUGACUAUCCAGAUGAAACUUUAGGAACGCUUAAAGCUGAUGCAAUGGAUUUAAAUGAAAAUCCCAAUAACGCGAUCGAAGAUGGUAAAAUUAAUCAAGAUAAUAAAAGCGAUGCCAGUGAAAUGCGCAAUAAAAAAUUAGGCUCGUUGGUAAAUGAACAAAAUUUUGAAUUAUACGAUAAAUGGGCUGGAAUUUUUAAACAAGCUACUGAUUAAUUUAUAUGUUCUUUCUGGUUCGCUUUCAAACUCACCGAUCACUUUACACUUACAGAUUAUAAUCGAGCUAUAGCAUACAAUUCUAUAACGCCAAUGUAAAAUUGUCACCGAUCUAUAAAAUAAACCGAAAAAAAUAGAAA